UUAUUAAUUGAAGGCGUUUGGAAAACAAUGGCUGGUUUUGAUAAUAAUAAAAGUAAUCAGGAUGACACAACUUGUGAUAAUGAUAUAGAUAUUACAGACCAAGAUGUCAGUAAUGAUGACAAUAUGAGCGAAGAAUACUAUCUACUGGAUUCAAAACUCGAUGAGUUGAACUCAGCACUGGAUUUUCUGGAAAAAAGGACUGAUGAUAUUCAUGAAAAGCUGAAAGAACUAUUGCAGUCUAAUAUUGAAAUAAGAAAUGAACUAAGAAAUGAAAAUAUGAAAUCAAAUUAGAACAACCAACACUCUCAAAACUAUUCAAUCUUCAAUAAUUGCAGACUAAUAUUAUAAUAUAAAAAAGAAAUACAAUAGUAACAAAAUGCUGCCUGUUUAUUUUUAAAUUCAAG